CCCUGACUCAUUACCUGUAUAGUACCAACCUUCGGAAAAUUUGGUGAAGUCCCCAAUCGCUAGAGACAUGCCCCACACACCCCACAACCCCUAAAUUUUUUUGGCCAAAGUUUCACCAUCGUUCCGAGUCCGCUACCUCCCGUCGUCUGACCUUCUGCUGGACCAUUUCCUCCGGUGUUCAGCUGCACUCAGCAUUUCGAGAUAGUUAGGAGGUUUCGUUUCGCGAGGCGCCUUAAUAUCGAGCUACUAGUAGGAGUUCGUUUGGUUUUGACAAAAUAUUUCUCCCUUGAACGACCCCUGGCCUGGAAGCGAGUUGAGAUUGUUACGGGCACGCUCCCGCGAAUAGUCCGUUAGAAAUGGCGGACGCUAGGGGAAACGGCGGCAGCACAGUAGGCGGCGGUACCGUAGCCAGCGGCGGGGGUAGGUGGGCGGGAGACGAGGUUGCGGUGCGCGUUUUCCCGUCGCCGUCGCCGGGAAGAAAAUACCAGUCGCUUUCGCGAGUAACCCAUUCUUCGCCCAUUUCGCCAGCAAGUUCCUCGCCGUCAGUCACUCCUUCGCGACUGUUUGCUUCGCCACCUGCGCAUCGUGAAAAGGCUUCGCCUAAUCGUAAUGCGCAACGGGGGCGGGAGAGGAAUUCUGGCGCAAAGGGGUUCCGCGCGUGGAUGUUCUCCGCCGCCUCCGCUCCCGCCGUUCCGCCGCUGUUCCGCUUGCGAACACUGAAAAGGCUUCCCCGCGCACUAGCAGGAGGCUCCCCCGGGGGCUACACCUCCUUCAUCGUUUUAAUCAUCCUAGUAUUAGUCACUUUCGGUACAGUCCUCCCGUACCUGCACUCCGAGCAACAGUUUUUCGAAGACGUUUUUGAGGAAGCGCGGGCAGCGUUCCGACGCCAGCAGAUGAGGCCGGCGGUCCAGUUGUCUGACGCCACGUCAGGUUUUUUCGAGGUGCCCGACGUUGUCGGGCAGCAGCGGGUCAGACAGUUGCUGAGUAUAGAGGAGAGCGGAAGUGGGGAGAGCAGGGCAGUUUUGGAAGGAGGGGGAGACUUGGGGCAGGGGGAGCAGCAGCAGCAGCAGCAGCAGCAGCAGCAGCAGGAGGAGGAGGAGGAGGAGGAGUCUGGCGUUGUGCUCGGCAUGGUCGUAAGCUCAACAGUCGACUCUAUGUCAAGCGAUCAUGUUAGUGUCGAAUCCGCUGUUACUAACGAGUACAUAGGGUCUCCUCUAUUCGUUGACUCCCCCGAAAUACAGCGCGAGCUGCACUCAGUCGAGCAGCGCAGCGGCAUUCCCUGGGCCUCCCUGCCGGCCACCUGGUGGGGCGACUCUGCGUCAUGGCCGGAGUACAGAGGGGCGACUCUGCUCCUCGAGCCAGGAGAGUCAACACCAUGGCCUCGACUCGAGGCCAACAACAGCGAAGUUCUGGAAGGCGGAGUACCGGUACUCGGAGUACCGGAAGGCGACUUGGAUGGCCGUGACAACAACGAGAGUGGCAACAAUGGGAGUGACAGCAGCGAGAGUGAUAAUGAUGAAUUUAGUGGGGUUCCCGCCUCCCGCCCCCGCCGCCGCCGCCGGUAUCUGUUCUUUUCGCUGCGCAACGAGGUGUGCGCGGGCGUGGCGCACACGCGCACCAGCCUCGCGUGCCAGCUGGCCGUCGCGCGCGCGCUCAACCGCACGCUGCUCGUGGACGCGUCCAAGUGUAUGGCGCCUGAGCACAUGGCAGUGGACGCGUCCAGGUUCGCUGCACCUGAGCGGAGCGUGGACGGCACGAGCGUGGCCGUGGACGCGUCCACGAUCACGGCGCACGAGCACAGCGUGGACGGCACGCGCGGGCACGUGCAGCCCCUGUUCGCGUAUUUCGACCUGGCGCGGGUGAGCCUUGCGCCCGUGGUUCCCCUGCAGAGGUUCGUGGCGGAGAGCGCGCGGUGGGGGGUCCGGAACGGGGGAGGGGCGCAGUGGGGGGAAGGGGAGCAAGGGGAGCAGAUGGAGGGGGAGAAAGGGGAGAAGGGCGAGCGGACGGAAAAGGAAGGGAGAGGGGGGCAGGAGGAGGGGCAAGCUGAACGGCUAACAGCAGCAAUAGCUCCGGAAUCCGCAGGUUUGGAAGAUCUGGUUCGGCUAUCCGAGCCUGCGCUGCUGGUUCGUCAGGCAGCCACGGGAUUCGCGGACUGUGAAGACCCCAGGAGCCGAGGCGUGGUGUCCUCUGAUUGGUCGGCCAUAGAGUAUCGGCCGGAGCUGUGGGCGGUAGCGGAGCAGAUUAUAGCGAGUAUGGAUGGAGGGGACUAUGACGCCGUGCAUGUGCGGCGAGGGGAUAAGGCGAGGGAUGCCAGCCGCUGGCCCAACCUCGCACGGGACACUUCUGUUCAAGUGCUGGCACAGAAGCUCCCCAGCCUCAUCCCCCCCGGCAGAGCGCUCUACAUCGCAAGUGAUGAGAGCAGCUCCUUUUUCGACCCGCUGCGAGCGAUUCAGGGGGGGCCGUACCGGGUGCACAUGCUGGGGGACUUCGCGCACCUGUGGGGGGAGGGUGGCGAAUGGUGGAGGGCGCAACUGGCGCUCAUGGAGGGGCAUGGGGAGGUGGCGUUUGAUGCUUAUAUGGAGGCCAUAGUGGACUAUGCCGUCUUUGCCGCUGCCCGAAAAAGAGUCGAGACUUUUAACGACUUAACAAGUGAUCCUCGUAACGGCAUGAUGUGACCAUUAACAGUGUUUCGCGCUUAACCAACAGUGGUUCCGAUUUACCAACAUCUGUACUAUGCUUUGGCAUUUGUUGAAGUGAAAACUGCUGCAUGUUUGCAUAGGGGAAGGUUCUGGGGAAUGUUAAAAGGGUAU